AUGGGAUGGUCCGUGUUGUUUAUAUUGGUUGGCUUGGCGGCUAUUGUCAGCUGUCAGAAUUGUCGAAAAGAAGAAAGGCGGGAUAGGGAUUGUGAAAAUGUAUGUGAUAAACAUGGCAAUUGCAGGAUUCGUGCAGCGCUACUGUUACCAAAGAAUACCACAUAUGAUGCAUCGCUUCCAGUGGUGGAGCCAGUCUUCGAGCUAGCUUUACAAGACGAAACCGUUCGCGAAUUAUUCCCGCCGUGGCUUUCAUUCGAGUGGAUGACGUAUGACGUCACGGACUGCGAUGCUGCGUAUGCUGUCAUCUCAGCCAUCGACGCAUAUAACGACUGCGCUCAUGUUUUCUUUGGACCAUCUUGUGAUUAUGCCCUGGCUUCCGUGGCUCGAUUAACAAAAUUCCUACGGAACACGGGUACGCCGCUCCUAACAACUGGUGGCCUAACUUUCGACUUCGUUAACCCAAAGAAAGUAUGCCAGGACGAGUUCUACAUGAUGGUGCGAACUGGUGCGAUGGGGUUCAAAGACUUGGCAUAUUUCCUGAUAGAUGUUAUGCGACACUUCGAGUGGCGGCAACUGCUACUCAUAAACGAACCAGAUGCGCAGCUUGACGUCGCUGGCAAAGGGACAUGUCUCCUCAUGAUGAAAACUUUCGCGAACUACUUGAAAAUUGAAGACAUUAUAUACACACCCUGGGACACGACGUCAGAUGGCGGUCUCAACUACACCGAAAACUUAAAAUUCUAUCUGGGAUAUAAAUACACAAAUAUAACUGGAAGCGAGCUGUACUUUUGUAUGAUACGCCCAGUUACAAGGAUGUGGUUGGAACCAGGGGUGGGUUCUUUCUGGCUAGCACAAUACAUAAUUACAUGA